AAAAAAAAAAAAAGGACGCAAAAUAAUCUCAUAUCAAAUCUAUAGGAAUUGUGGCAUUCAAAGCUCCACUCGUCUCUCUUUUGCCAUCAAAAUUCCACCACAAAAGCCCAAACCCCUCCUUCUGAUUUUUUCAAUUUAUUAAAUCUAAUUCUUAUUGAUUUCAGAGUCUUAUAUCUUCUGCUGAUUCAAACACACUUUCUCAAAUGAAAUUUAUACGGAAAUCUCUACGUACGAACCCAGCAGAUGGAGGGCAAUGAUAAUCCUACCCAAAAGGAUUACUACAAAGUAUUAGAGGUUGAUUAUGAUGCAUCUGAGGAGAAGAUCCGAUUAAAUUACCGAAGGCUUGCACUGAAGUGGCAUCCUGACAAGCACAAGGGUGACAGUGCUGUUACUGCAAAGUUUCAAGAGAUAAAUGAAGCUUACGAAGUUUUGAGUGAUCCUGCUAAACGACUUGACUAUGAUCUAACCGGAAUAUAUGAGAUUGAUAAGUAUACUCUGCGGGAAUAUCUUGCCAGAUUUAAAGGAAUGAUACUUACCUGCAAUGGGCUUGGUAUUAGUCAUAUGCCAAUACGGAUGCGGAAAUGCAAGCCUAUCGAGCUGAUCUUUUUCAAGAUGCAGCAACUGAUGGAAACCAAUGACUUAACAGAUAAAUAAGGGUGUUACUAUACUAAAUCAAAGCUGAAUAGAGUUAUCAAUUUGCAUACCCGGCUCCCACAUGCAUAAUACUUGAAAAUGGAGGAUCUGGUCCAGUUUGUAAUGUUAGAUCAAAAUAUGGAUCAAAAUGAGUGGUGUAAAAUGAUUACUCAUGAUAUAAAAGCUGUUCACGUGGAUGUGAGGUACAUGUUGGAUGUUGCUAAGUGAUGGGUUGAGAUCUUUUGCAUCAUCACAUUUA